CGUAAUGGAGAGCAGGAAUACUCUGGAUCAGGAUGAAGUUCAGAAACCGGAGCCUGGGAGAAAUACGGGAAACCAUAACGAUUCGAAUACGGAUUUGCAAGUCACCUACACCCACGAAGAGGUUGCGUUUUUUCAUUUACGACAAACACAUCAUUUUGAUGAGUUUGAAUACCCUUCAGAUCAAUACUGCAAGCAAGAUCUCUUCCCCAAAUGGCACUUGCCACUGAAGAUAGCAUCUAUAGCCUCAUUGCUAAUAUUUAUCUAUACUUUUCUGAGAGAUGUUGUCCACCCUUUUGUCACUACUAAUGAAAACACUUUCUAUAAAAUUCCAAUCCUGGUCAUAAACAAAGUUUUACCAGUGGUUUCAAUCACCCUUCUUGCACUGGUUUAUUUACCAGGGAUAUUAGCUGCAGGUUUCCAGCUCCACUAUGGGACCAAGUACAAACGAUUUCCACAGUGGUUGAAUGGGUGGAUGUUAUCAAGAAAGCAACUCGGCCUUCUCAGUUUUUUCUUUGCCUCAAUGCAUGCAUGCUAUAGCUUGUGCUACCCAAUGAGGAGAUCUUACAGAUACAAGCUUUUGAACUGGGCGUACCAGCAGGUCAAGCAAAAAAAGGAAAAUGCCUGGAUUGAACAUGAUGUCUGGAGAAUGGAGAUUUACGUGUCUCUAGGGAUUCUGGGACUAGCUCUGCUGGCCAUACUGGCAGUAACAUCAAUUCCAUCUGUCAGCCAUUCUUUGACCUGGAGAGAGUUCCACUGUAUUCAGAGCAAGAUGGGGUAUUUAGCUUUGCUGCUAUGCACAAUUCACGCAUUGGUAUUUGCCUGGAAUAAAUGGGUUGACGUAAACCAAUUUGUGUGGUACACCCCCCCUACAUUUAUGAUAGCCAUUUUUCUUCCUAUUAUAGUCCUGCUUUGUAAAAGCAUCCUGCUUCUCCCAUGCCUUAGGAAGAAGAUCCAGAAGAUCAGAUGCGGUUGGGAUGCUAACACAGAGAUGAAUAAAACACAGAUGACUUCCAGACUGUAGAUUGAAUGAGUGUUUAUCCUGCUGCCAUGUAUAGAUUUAAUGAGCUCUAUGAAAUGGUCACAUGUUGGGGUUUUUUUGCAUGCAUUGGUUAAAUACUUCUUUUGUAUUUUUCAUUUCAACUAUUGUUUGGGGGUGUGGUAUCUGUGUUCUCCUCUGACCUGAUCUGGGCUAAGGGAGUACCCUUUACUGAGACAGUGGAUUGAAUUGGGGUCCUCAGGCAUUCACUUACUUCUUUAUUCUGAGUCUUAUGCCAUUUAAAAUCCAGUUCUUCAUUCCCAUAAGUAAUACUAUCAUCAGCCAUAGGGAAAGGCAAUCAUAAAUCACUGCUUGACAUGUUGACUACAGAAGGUCAAUAAGAUAACAAUUUGAAAGAACCAGAUCUGACUCUUAUACUAUAGAGGGUGUUUCCCAGUGCUUGCUAUGUUUAAGGUAACACAUGUCACAUUUUUUCCCCAUUCCUUUUUUCCCCUCUUUUUUAUUUUUAUUUUUUUUCCUAUUUGCUUCUUUAUAUAUUUCUUCCAUGCUUUCGGCGGGAACAAGCACACACUUACACAUGUG